GGUCAGUUUAUUCGCAACUGCUAGUCGAAAGUGAUAUCUCUAACGUUUAAUGUGUAAUUCGGUCGGAAUGAAUUGAAUAAUUACCAGCGAAUUAUAAAAUCAAAGUUUAGUAAACAAUUUUACCGUAAAUAAAAGGGGUUAACAAAACAAACAUCUAAAUCGUUUGUAGUGAAAUUUGCUCGUGCUGGAACAAGUUCCCUUGAAUGUGUGGAAAACAGAUAACAUUUUCUAUGUAAAAUUGAAGACCUUGAAUCUUUGUGCGAUAGUGUAAUCAGUGUGUAACGCAAAUUCGUAACAUGUUUCUGAAUUGAAUUUAAAAAAAAUUGUUUUUUUUUUUGCCAAAAUAAAAUCUUCUCAAGUUUGUUGGUCAUGCAUUCGAAAAGUGUUCAUUCUGAUGAUCAAAAAUUUAAGAUCGGAGUCAUUGACUUCACAGCAGGAUCAUUAGGUGGUGUCGCCCUUGUGUACGUGAGUCAACCACUGGACACCGUUAAAGUUAAGAUGCAAACGUUUCCCGCCACUUACAAAGGAAUGAUUGAUUGUACAGUGAAAACAUUUCAACGCGAUGGUAUUGCUCGCGGUCUUUAUGCUGGAAGUGUACCAGCUGUAGCAGCAAAUGUUGCUGAAAAUUCUGUGUUAUUUGCAGCUUAUGGUUUCUGUCAAAAAUUCGUCGGAAACUGUGUUGGUCAACCGAAUACCAAAGAAUUGUCGCCACUUGGCAAUGCUACAGCCGGCUUCAUUGCUGCAUUUUUCUCGUCGUUUACACUUUGUCCGACUGAAUUAAUAAAGUGUCGGCUGCAAGCAAUGCGGGAGGUGCAAAAUCAAAAGGGAAUAAAGGCAGGUGCACUGAUUAGCCCAUUCCAGUUGACCAAAAGCGUUUUGAAAUCGGAAGGAAUACCGGGUAUGUUUAGGGGACUGACAUCAACAUUUGCACGUGAAAUGCCGGGCUAUUUUUUCUUCUUCGGUGGAUAUGAGAUGUCACGGCAGUUUCUGGCGAAGCCCGGACAAUCAAAAGACGAUAUUGGUCCUAUUAACACUAUGGUAUCGGGAGCAAUUGGAGGAAUAUGUCUGUGGACUGCAAUCUUUCCAGCUGAUGUGAUUAAAUCUAGGAUACAAGUGUCUGGAUCAACAAGAGGAAUGAUAGAAGUUGGAUUAGAUAUAUUCAGAAAGGAAGGCGGUUUGGCUCUUUAUAAUGGACUAACACCAACUGUGUUCAGAACAAUUCCGGCUACAUCAGUACUUUUCCUUGUAUACGAAUACACAAAAAAGUUCUUGGAACAACAUUUUAUUACAUAGCCAAAUAUGGACGAAUUACAAGCUAAUAUGGUAGAAUAGAGUAAAAUGUUUACGUGGAAUGUUACGACAUCGAUACAGGGCCUAUACUUGCGAGUCUCAAAAUUCUUGAAACGAUUCGAAAAUCUAAAAGUCAAAAAAAGAAUUUCAAGAAUUUAAAUUCUCGAAAUUCUUGAAAAUUCUCGAAAAGAUUUCCGGAUAUCGAAACACUGUAACACCAUGGAAGUCGUGUACGGACGAAAUAGCAUACAAUCUAUAAAAAAUAAACUUUCAAUUGAAUCGAAAUAAUAUUUAUUUAAGAGGAAUCACCCCUUUUUCCUAGCACAAAACCCGAAAAAACGGCCUGAAAACUGCAGCCCUAGCGCUUCGGUGGAUGCACUACACGGCCUAUUUACACUAUUAAUUCACACCUUUUCUGACAAAAUAAUGGUUCCACAUUUUUGAAAAAACAAUUAAAUUUGUUAUUUUUUUGAUAUUUAAAAGUGCGUCUUUUUGACUGAAUUUUUCCACAAACUGCACGUUUAUCUCGUCACACAAUAAUUUUCACUAUAAUAAAUGUUCCCACAAAAUAUUU